GAAUCUUGUUAUAUAAUUUUUCUCCUGAUUUAGCACGUGUUAUUUCUUGAUUACUUCUAGGUCUGUGGUUAUGCGCAUGCCGUUGCAGAGUACGAUUUCCAAUUCGCAAUCACGCAGCGUUUCUAUCACGACUGGCAUCAGGGAGUCUUUGGUUACCGGCUCGCGAAGAUGCUUGCCGGCCGCGGGGUCCCAACCUGGAAGACGGCAAAUGCUAGGUACCACAAGCCGCAGCGUAUUACAGACCGUGUCUGCCGCAUUCCGCGAGUCCUGCGUCGACUUUGUCAGUUUGCGUUUCGAGGACUUGCCUACCUGUCUUAUCAACUUAUUGACGACCACAAGAACUAUAGUGAACUAGAGGCGGGCCUGUCUAACCCCUUUUCUCCCUUACAAUAAGAUUUCGAUCUUGCUCGCACGGGCCGGCCUCAUGCGCGAUAUCGGGCGCAUCCACGCGGAAGUCCUGCGUGACCUGGACGAGCAUCGCGCCAUAACAGGAACAGACCCUAAGGAGAAGGGGCGUCUACGUAACGCUGCAGACUUGAACCUGGACGGUCUUCGUCGCUGCGGCUGGGCUUCGCGGCCCGAGUGAGCGCACAGAGAUUAGGCUACACUCGAGACUUGGACGUAGGUACGGUGGUCUUGGAGUGCAAUAUGCUGAAAAAUGGGGUGUUGUUGAUGUUAAAAAGGAGAAUGAGUUGACGUACCCGGGUCCGACG